GGCAUAGUGAUAUGGAAAACCAAUUCCUAAACCUCGCAAACUCUAUGAUAACGAGCCCAAAUCAAUUAGAGGCAUGUCCAGACCAAAUGAGAACCCAUCCAUGCAAUUGUGUGCAGAUGCAAUCGUCAGCUCCUGCAGCAUUUCAAAGAAUCCUCAUGAACGAAGUUAAUAAUAUGGAACCAAAGUUGCCCUUCGAUUAUUUUCCACCAAAUUAUCAGCAUAAUAUACAUACGAGGUGUCUUCGUGCUGCUUGUCCAAAUAACAUCGUGCACUAUGCAUAUGGACAGGAAUACUUCGCCUGUCAGUUGAAAGGAUGCUUCUAUUGCCAUCGGAACUACACAUAUAAUCAUCCUCCAACACACUGUGCUUGCGUCAACGCUUACAAUUUCUCGCAUGGACAAUUAAACAAUAUUCAACAGCCAUUCCUUCAGUAUCAGACGUAUAAUUAUGAUCCACAGUGCUUAACUUUUCCUAACCAUGAACAGUCUACUCCAAAUAAAAUCGAACACACGGAUAACAAUGAUAAUAAUACUGGCAACUUGGAAUCAAAACAAGAUGAACGAAUGGAGAAAAAGUAUAAAUGCAAUUAUUUUGACUGUGGGAAGAGCUAUGCGAAACUAUGUCACUUGAGGGCUCAUUAUCGUGUUCAUACUGGCGAACGUCCUCUCGUCUGCGUGUUUCCAUAUCCUCGUGAGGUGUUUUCUAGACUUCCAACGGGUUCACUAACCAUACCAAUAUGUGGUGAAAAAUUUGCACGUUCAGAUGAAUUGACGAGACAUUUGCGAAAACAUCUCAAUAUGCGACCAUUUAAAUGUCAUAUAUGCUCAAAAUCAUUUAGUAGAUCUGAUCAUUGUAAAACUCAUCUACGUAUUCACUUGCGUAAAAGGUGUAAAGCUAAUGCUAAUUCCUGUCAUAAUAGCCUUACUGAGGCACCAGGCACUCAUGGUGAAGAGUUGAGUGGGAAUUCAUCAUAUCCUAUAUCAACUGAAGAAAUGGAUAUUAAAUUUCUCAACCCUUUGCCGUCAUCUUCAUCAUCUUCACACGUUCCAGUGACUGCAGACUACACAAGGUCAUUUACAACAACACCAUAUUCAUUAUCUGCAAUUUCAUCACCAGCCCCUUCCUACUCGUAAAUUUCGCUGUUGAUUAUCUCAAACGUAUUAUGUAGAACGUCUUCAGACGCUACUUUCACAGUCAAGCUGAUUUCGUCAACAGUAAUGCAAACAUUUUACGUUGAU